ACAGUUCCUCGUUAGAAACAGCCAUCUUUAGGCUAUUAGUAAUUCUUGAAAACAUAUCUAAUUAAUGCAUCAGUAAAACUCAACGCGCAUUUCCUUCGCUUUCUCAUGUAAUUAUCCAUUAAAAAUCGUCAAUAAAACUGUCCUAAAAUGAGGACAUCUGGUUGAUGAGUGGUGAAAAUCCACACAGUACUAUGGAUGUGGAGUAACAAACAUUCAUAAUUUUACGUUUUACAGAUCUAUCAUUGCAAAAAACAAUUGAAAAACUGACCAUGGCGUCUCUGGCUACAUGCAUAUUUGUAUAUUAGAACGACUGUAGAAUAGAGGAUUUUUCACCAACGGAAUGUGGUACACCAUGGAGAAAACCCAGAAUGGUCAUGAUUUAUCGGAUCGCCUUAUUCGCAGUAUAUGUAGCUGGCACAGUUAUGGAGUGUACGAUGAGUCAGAAGACAUUGAUGAUCUGAUUGACAUGGGGGCAGAUGUGAAUCGUAUGCAUGGUACAAUCCUCCCCCUUCACUGUACCUGUAUGGUCAGCGACGAGGAGAGUCUACUCACACUGAUAAAAAGGGGAGCUAGGGUAAAUCUCCAGGAUGGAUAUAAAAGGCGAGCAAUUCACUAUGCUGCAGAGAAGAGUAAGCAAUGUACAGAAAUUCUCUUGAACAAUGGAGCUGACAUUAAUGCAGGGGAUGGCAACCAGGACACUGCCUUACACUGGGCGGUGUUUAAAAACAACGAAGCAUGUGUCAAAUUACUGUUGGAGAGGGGGGCCUUUGUGGAUGCAAGGGAUUAUAACAACGACACACCAUUAAGCUGGGCAGCAAGGAAAGAGAACUUUGAAGUGAUGAAGUUGCUACUGGAUUAUAACGCUUGUGUUAAUCUGCGCAAUGCCAAGGGAGAGACGCCAAUGACGCGGACAUUACAUUUACAAAACAUUGGAUUAAACACGGGUUCGGAUGAUGCCUGUUUAGAACUUCUGUUCAUGGCUGCAGGGCACAUUGACUUUCAGCAUCAGAAAAUAAAUGAUUCCGGUAGUAACGAGACUCUGAAAUGUGUUGUGAAAUUCUCAACCAAUGUGCGUAGCCUGAGAGACUUAACUCGAUGUGCUGUAAGAUUUUACUUAGGCUAUAAGUAUUUACCGAGGACUGUGGAGAGACUACCUCUCCCUCCUAAAAUUAAGCGAUAUAUUCUUUUACAAACGUAAAGUUUAAACUGAGUUGUGUCUAACUUGUGUUUUUAACUGUCUGAAGUUUUGAGUUGUUACCAUAACAUGUUAUGAUUGUAUUCAAAUAUGAAAUAUUAAAAAUAAAAUAUUGAAAUAAUCUU